GCUCUCAUAGACUUGAAUUAUUUUUAAACUUCAUCAACCCCCUCCCCCCAUAAGAAUCCCACACGGCACACACACACAUUUGUUUCUUUUUCACUCCAAACAAAGAAACAAAUGAAAACCCUCAACUUCUUUGUUUGUUCAUAGUUGCAAUCUUUUCUGCAAAAGAUUUUAUCUUUCUUAAAAACCCAGAAGUUGUUUACAUAUUCAUGGUGUCAUAAGCUCAAAUCCAUCAUCUUUCUUUGAAGCCUUGCAAUCUUUUUUACAAAAAAAAUCUUAUCUUUCUUAUCUUCAUGGUGUCAUAAGCUUAAAUCCACAAUCUUUAUUGAACCCUUACAAUCUUUUCUGCAAAAAAACUCAUCUUUCUUGAAAACCCACAAGUUAUUUAUACAUUCAUGGUGUCAUAAGCUCAAAUCCACAAUCUUUAUUGAAGCCUUGCAAUCUUUUCUGCAAAAAGACUCAUCUUUCUUGAAAACCCACAAGUUAUUUAUUCAUUCAUGGUGUCAUAAGCUCAAAUCCACAAUCUUUAUUGAAGCCUUGCAAUCUUUAAAGCAAAAAGAUCUUAUCUUUAUCAAAAACCCAUAAGUUAUUUAUACAUUCAUGGUGUCAUAUGCUCAAAUCCACAAUCUUUUCUGCAAAAAGACUCAUCUUUCUUGAAAACCCAUAAGUUAUUUAUACAUUCAUGGUGUCAUAAGCUCAAAUCCACAAUCUUUUCUGCAAAAAGACUCAUCUUUUUUGAAAACCCAUAAGUUAUUUAUACAUUCAUGGUGUCAUAAGCUCAAAUCCACAAUCUUUAUUGAGGCCUUGCAAUCUUUUUGCAAAAAAGAUCUUAUCUUUAUCAAAAACCCACAAUCUUUAUAACUAUUUACAGUCAAAAUGGUUAUAAAGAAACCAAGAAUAGUGAUAAUUGGGGCAGGAAUGGCAGGGCUAACAGCUGCAAACAAGCUGUACAAAUCUGGUGUGUUAAAAGGUGCAUUUGAGGUUUGUGUUGUUGAAGGUGGGAAUAGAAUUGGGGGGAGGAUUAACACCUCAGAGUUUGGUGGUGAUAGAAUUGAGAUGGGAGCCACGUGGAUCCAUGGUAUUGGAGGAAGCCCAGUUCACAAGAUUGCUCAAGAAAUCAAUGCUUUGGAAUCAGAUCAACCAUGGGAAUGCAUGGAUGGGUUUCUUGAUGAUCCACUCACCAUUGCAGAAAAUGGGUAUGUGUUAAAUCCACCUUUUGUUGACCCAGUUUCCAAUCUUUUUAAUAGUUUAAUGGAUUUUGCUCAAGGGAAAAAGAAAUCCAUAGGAAAUGGGAUUGAUGUUGAUAUUUUUGGGAAUCGGAAUGGGAAUCGGAAUCGGAAUGGGAAUGAGAAUAGGAAUGGUGAUGAGAGUGGGAAUGGGAAUCGGAAUGGGAAUGAGAAUGGGAAUGGUGAUGAGAGUGGGAAUGGGAAUCGGAAUGGGAAUGAAAGUGUGGGGUCUUUUCUAAGAAAAGGUCUUGAAUGCUACUGGAAAAUGGAAUCAAGAAAGGAAACAGAAGGGGUGAAUGGAUAUGGGGAUUGGAAUAAGAAGUCAUUAGAAGAAGCAAUUUUCGCAAUGCAUGAAAACACUCAAAGGACUUAUACAGCUGCUAAUGAUUUGUAUAAUCUUGAUUACUCGGCGGAAAGCGAGUAUGUUAUGUGCCCGGGUGAAGAAAUCACCAUUGCUAAAGGGUAUUCAAGCAUUAUAGAAUCAUUAGCAUCUGUUUUACCAUAUGGGGUCAUUCAGUUAAACAAGAAAGUGAAAACGGUUGAGUGGCAGCCGCCUGAAUGUGUAAUGGGAGAUAAAGAUGGUGAUUCAAGACCAGUAAAGAUUCAGUUUCUUGAUGGUACAAGCAUGUCAGCAGAUCAUGUUAUUGUCACGGUUUCGUUAGGAGUUCUCAAAGCCGGAAUCUUUAACGACGAGAAUGAUUCGGGUGUGUUUAAAUUUGAUCCGCCACUUCCGAACCACAAGACUGAAGCAAUUUCAAGAUUAGGAUUUGGUGUUGUUAACAAGCUUUUCUUGAAACUAAGUCCUGAUUUUAAUCUUGACGUUGACCGAUUUCCGUUCCUGCAAAUGGUGUUUCAUAAGUCGGAUGAUCAAGUUAAGAAUCCGAAGAUCCCGUGGUGGAUCAGGAAGACGGCUUCUUUGUCGCCGAUCUACAAGAGGUCAAGCGUGUUGUUAUCUUGGUUUGCGGGUGAAGAAGCACUUAAGCUAGAAGAGCUUUCGGAUGAAGUGAUUCUCGAUGAGGUUUCCACAACUGUUUCUAGCUUUUUUUCACAUAAAAAAGGUUAUGGGAAUGUGAAAUUUGAUAAGGCGUUGAAAAGUCGAUGGGCGAGUGAUCCAUUGUUUAUGGGAUCAUAUAGUUACAUUGCGGUCGGGUCAAGUAUCGGCGACAUGGAUUCACUGGCUGAGCCGUUGCCAAACACAACGGUUUUCGAAUCGACAAGUGGCUCGCCCCCAUUCCAAAUUCUUUUUGCAGGAGAAGCAACACAUAGAACUCAUUACUCUACAACUCAUGGUGCUUAUUUCAGUGGUAUUAGAGAAGCCAAUAGGCUUCUUCAACACUAUCAUUGUAUUGAUGAUGUAUGAGUAAUGAGAGGUAUGCAUGUUUGUAUUAUUAGAUUCACUAGUUUUUUGUUCUUUAAUGAUUUAUCAUACUCAAUAUUUGGGGAAUGAAAGGGAGAGAUUGGGACAUUUUCAAGAACCUUCUUUUGAGUUUUCUAUUGCUCUUUGAUGAGCUCCUAAGCUAUUCUUUAUGUUUGAGAUUGUAUUUGUCAUUGAA